UCACUACUCUGUACUGCACCACGGUGCACGUUUGCCCAUACCCUACAAACCUCGCCAUCCUGAUGAGGCAAGCCAUGAGCACCACGAACCAGCCCUGUUGCUGGAAACAGGAAUGGUUCCUGUCCAACACGUGAAACACAACAUUGACCACAAGUAACGAUGUCCUGAUCGCCAAGAAGCGCUAUGAGUGGCCAGGCUUCUCCGACUGCGGAAGACAUGCCAGCAAACGAGCUGCACGAAAACUCAGGUGCACGAGACCUCGCGCCAAUGCACGCUGCGCACGACGGCAUCUUCCUGCCCCUGCUUCCGCCGAAGGCACCCGUUCCCUUCGUGGCCAUGCAGCCUGAAGCGACUCCACAGCUCUUUUAGACGGAGUUCGAAACAUCGGCUGUCCCUCUCUCGUAUGACAGAUGCUGACUACACCAAUAGCAGGAAGCACUGGAACUCGCGAAGUUGGUCUGGCUGUUCCAUCGGAAAAGAGCUUUGUGGGCUUAAGGUUUUCAUGUACCAGGCAGAUAAUCUCCCCUGAACGAGCUUGUUUUUGUACUGG